GUUGAUCACGGCUGAGACGAAGGCGCUUGCAACUUGCGCCUCCUCGAAGAAGGCCGUGGCUUCCGAGGUGAAACUCGCCGACAAGGAGUGUCGUCAGUUGGGUGACGUGCAGGAGAAGAUGUACCAACCACUGAAGCAGGCGCACGUGCACGGCGCGGCGGCCCGGAAGCAGAUCAACGCUUUGUGCAAGGCUGGGCAGAAGGUCGGCUUCCACAAGGAGCUUCUUGGCGUGGCGCCAGCAGUUCUGAGGAAGGAGCUUGCGCGCCGACGGACUUUUGACCAGCUAGUGGUCAAGUCGCUGGACGCGGAGUUUGCAAAGCAAGCGGAGGCGCUCCGGUCCAAGUUGGAAGAGACCCAGCAAAGCCUGGAGGAGCAAGAGCAGACUCUUGAGUCCAAGAAGAAGGCCGUGGCUACUGCCAAGGAGACCAUCAAGGAGACCAACCGACAGAUCGAGGAGGCGACAGACGCCGUAGAGACGGGAAGGAGGUCCCUGGCGGCGGCCAAGAAGAAAAUCAAGGGACUGCCCUCUGUGCUGAAGAAAGUUCAGCGCAACUACGACCGCGUGCAAGGUCGCUACGACAAGUUCCGCGGUGGCCCGCUCUCGGCGUACUUGAAGCAUCAACCGGUCCGGGAAGUCCCUGACGACGAUGAAGAUGACAUGCAGGUCGAUGCCACCCUGGACGACGAAGAGUGA